CCUGACACGGGUAUGGCGUUCCACUAUCCAAAAAGUUUGGUUCUCCUCUGGACUAGGCCUGAUAGAAAAUAUGAGUUCGGAUCUGCCAGUUCUCCUCGCAGCAGUGUCGGUACUGUCUGGUCUUCAUAUGGGUUUUCAGUCAAGACGCGUGGGCUGGUCUAGGAUCAAGCAUAAAAUUUUGCAACCUUCUGUUGUUGGACCAGCGGAGUUUGAAAGGACAUUUCGUGCCCACCAGAAUGGUGUAGAGUUUUAUCCCAUCUUCUUGGUACUAUUGUGGACCUCUGGCAUCUUUUGCAAUGAAGGACUUUCUGCUUUUGGAGGGCUUCUUUAUAUUGUGGGAAGAGAGAUGUAUUUUACUGGCUAUAUAAGUGAAACCAAGAAAAGAUUGCCAGGGUUUUACUUGGGGUUGUUUGUCAUAUUAGUCCUAUCUGUGAUGGCCUCUGUUGGAAUCAUAAAAUCAUUCUUGGACAAAUAUCUCAAGAUCGAAAUGUUCGAAAGAAAGUGAUGAAUCCACAUUUUGAAAAUGGUUAAUAUCAUUGUGAUUUAUCAGAAAAGGGGCUCAGGUAUUUGAUAUUGUAUUUGUUUUCUUUACACCAUUGUGAAUAAACACGUUUACA